CAAACUCGAGCCUUACAACUCUUUACCUUUAUCAACUGCGUAACGCCCAACGACGUAGUAUUUAUAAUUAAAAAAAGGCAUUGAAGAGGCAGUUGUCAGCUCUCUGCAUUUCCUUCCCAAUUCCAUUUUGCAGGGUGGAAAAGGUGAAAAACAUUUCCAGGCGAAUGAGAUAAAUCAGCACUGGGAGUAGGAAUAGCGGUAGAUGGAUUGGUUAAUAGAACUGUUGGCAAGUGUGGUGUUGUUGCUGGCGACGCCUUGUCAUCUGAUCAAACUAUGUGCGAGAAACUGUUGCAUUGUCGUCCUAACCUGCGUCGAGCUCCUCAGAAAUGCCAUCGGCCUCCACGUCAGCAUCUUUCGGAAACUCGCUUCCCUGGCACUAGCCACUGUGACGCUUCCCUUGCGCACAUUAAACGCCCUCCAAAACGAAAGGCUGCAUGAGAUGCGUUUCCAAGAAAUGGAGAUGGAGUUGGAGAUGGUGAGGUGGGAGAAUAAGGGAAUGGAGAAACAAUUGAGCAUGGCCAUCAAAGAACACAAAAUGAUGGCUUUGAUGUUAAAUGAACUUCAAAACGAAUACGAUAAGGCGGUUGUCAGAAUCGAACAGCUCGAGGACGAGGUUCGGGGUCUGAAGGGAGAAAACCAACGGCUCAAGGAGAUUCGGGGCAAAGCCGGUUGGGGUCGAACGGAACCGUCGUUCCCGACGACCUCAAGCGGGCGUAAAAUGACACGACUUCCCGAGCCAUUGGGCCCCACAACGACGGGGCACGAACCGGCCCAAAUCCUCCUCCACCACCAGCAAAGAAUAAGAAAAGCCGCGCUGAUGAGGAGCCUCUUCAGCGCGGCGUUGUCGGUGGUGGUGGGGACCACGGUGUGGGCGGCGGGGGACCCGUGCGUGCCGCUAGUGGGGGCCCUCUUAGCGGUGGCGGCCAUGUCUUUGGGCAGCGUCGUCCGGUUCUUGCUCGCCGUCAAGAACAACCCGGCGUCCGAGGCGGUGGCUCUCCUCAGCUUCAACUGGUUCGUACUGGGCACCCUCUCCUACCCGGCCUUGCCAAAGGGUGUGGUCAUCGUCGUCCCGCCUCCACCUGAUCAGCUUAACCAUCGUGGGAAGAAGAAGCCCAUCUCGGAAGGGCGUGGUUUUCGGCUCAUUCAAGUUGAAAAUGCCAAAAGAAGAAGAAGAGUUUUGCGGGAUGAGCGAGAUGACAAUCAUGGUGAUACCGCAUCGUGUCUCAACGAGGCGGUGUUCGUGUCAGAGUGGAUGCCACACCAGUGUCGCAUCGAUGAUCAUGCCUGAUCUCGGCUCCCAUGCACCAUAGUCUAUAAUACUUCAUCCUUCCCAUAAUAAUGUUUCAGAUUUGAUUUAUGAUGCUUGAUCAAGUUUAUUUUCAAUUCAAUUUAUAUAAAAUUGGAUUAUAAUUAAUAAUUAAAAUUUAUAUACUUAAACACUAGUUCAAAACUUCUACAAAACAAGUAGUGUCAUGAUAUUUUUAUUUUAUGAGUUAAUUAAUUUAGAUAGGUAAAGAAAAUAAAUAUAAUUUGAACAUGUAAAAAGUAAAAUGGAACAUUAUUA